CCCUUUUCAACCUUUACUUUUAAAGAUUACAGUAUUAAAGUGCUGUACAGUUUGUUCUUUUAUUCACUCUACCCUUGAUUUAGAAGCGUUUGUUUGGCGUUUAGCUUUUCUGCUGUUGGUGCGAGAUUUGGUUUCAGCACUCUGGACAGCGCCUGUUCUUGCUGCUCCACCGUUGAGCGACUGCGCUUAUACUCACAGAGACUGCCAUAAAACACCAGUCAAGAGUAAAUAAAUAAAUAAAAAACAUGAAUGGAACCAAUAUCUUGCACUACUCUUGAUUUACAGCCUCUUUCCCCCCGUCUCGCGAUUUUCAGUUGACUUGAUAACCCCGAGUGACGCGCGGCUCAUUUGCACGAUCUGACAUCUUUAUUCAUAAAUAGCCCCCAUUCACAUCUCUCUGACGUCCAUCGACCCUCUGACGAAACCUGCUCUUAUAAGAUUCACAGUAAGUUUGGCUCAGUCUGAAAUGUGCUGGACUGCUCCUCUCCCGAGGCGAUAGUGGGCUCUUUGUGCACUGUUGGUGGCACUUGAGUGGCUGUUGGCUGAUUCAGAAGGUCUCGAUGAAUUUCGGUUCUUUAGAAAUACAACGUCUUUAGCAGAGAGAGAAGAUGAACAUCCAUGUGGAGGGGCUGGUGGCGAUUGUCAUCUUCUACCUGCUGAUUUUGUUAGUGGGAAUCUGGGCUGCAUGGAAGAACAAGAACUCCGGCGUGAUGGAGGGAACGGAUCGCAGCGAGACUAUUAUGGUCGGCGGAAGAGAUAUUGGAUUAUUUGUCGGCGCAUUUACCAUGACUGCAACGUGGGUUGGUGGAGGUUACAUCAAUGGUACAGCAGAAUAUGUAUAUCUGCCCGGGUUCGGCUUGGCGUGGGCACAGGCUCCCUUCGGAUAUGCGCUUAGCCUUGUUUUGGGUGGCCUUUUCUUUGCUAAGCCCAUGCGCUCUCGGGGUUACGUCACCAUGCUUGACCCCUUCCAGCAACUGUAUGGAAAGCGGAUGGGUGGUCUGCUGUUCAUCCCUGCACUAAUGGGGGAAAUGUUCUGGUCAGCCGCAAUCUUAUCUGCCCUCGGUGCCACACUGAGUGUGAUCAUUGACAUUGACAUCAACAUGUCUGUGGUGAUUUCGGCUCUUAUUGCCAUCUUCUACACGUUGGUGGGUGGCCUGUAUUCAGUGGCUUACACUGAUGUCGUCCAGCUCUUCUGCAUUUUUUUAGGACUGUGGGUGAGUGUUCCUUUUGCGCUCUCGAACCCGGCUGUAUCUGACAUCGGAGUGACAGCAGUGAAGCAGCUCCAUGCUAAUCAGACCGCAUGGCUUGGGAAGAUAGAAAGCUCUGACAAAUGGAUGUGGGCUGACAACUUCUGCCUUCUGAUGUUGGGGGGGAUUCCCUGGCAGGUGUAUUUUCAAAGGGUUCUUUCUGCCUCUUCAGCUACCUAUGCUCAAGUCCUUUCCUUCCUGGCUGCCUUUGGCUGCAUCAUCAUGGCUAUUCCCUCUGUCCUGAUUGGAGCCAUAGGGGCUUCCACAGAUUGGAACCAGACCUCGUACGGGCCGAUUCCUCCCAUGCAAAAGGACCAGUCGGACAUGAUCUUGCCGAUUGUGCUCCAGCACCUUUGUCCAGCCUACAUCUCCUUUUUUGGUCUGGGGGCCGUUUCUGCUGCAGUGAUGUCAUCUGCUGACUCAUCCAUCCUAUCAGCCAGCUCCAUGUUCGCAAGAAACAUCUACCAGCUCGCUUUCCGCCAAUCGGCCUCUGACCGUGAGAUAGUGUGGGUCAUGCGGAUCACCAUCUUUGUAUUUGGGGCUCUCGCGACAGCCAUGGCUCUCCUGACCGGGACGGUGUAUGGUUUAUGGUACCUGAGCUCUGACCUGGUCUACGUCAUCAUCUUUCCCCAACUCCUUAGUGUGCUUUUCAUCCGGGGCACCAACACUUACGGCUCUGUAGCUGGAUACUUCUUCGGCUUGAUUCUGCGCAUUGGCGGAGGAGAACCUUACCUCAAACUACCUCCAUUCAUCUACUACCCCGGAUGGACCAUUGAGGAGAAGGUCCAUCAUUUGACCCAUGAGGUGGAAUACCUGGUUAUGCAGAGGUUUCCUUUUAAGACUGCUUCAAUGCUGGCGUCAUUCCUCAGCAAUGUAGCAUUCUCGUAUCUGUUUAAAUACCUGUUUGAGAGCGGAACUUUGUCAGCUAAAUAUGAUUUCUUGGAUGCCGUGGUGGCCCAGCACAGUGCUGAGAUCAUGGACAAGACCACUCUGGUCAAUAAGAACAUCAUUGGGCUAAAUGAAAUGGCCCCUGUCAAACCGAGACUCAGUGUUACUUUAGCUGCUACCUUUACUAGGAAAGAAACCCUGACAGAAGAGGAGGACUCCAGCCCGGAGUCACCCAUUCACGAAAAUGAGUAGAUGUUUAUGGUCAAUCCUGAGAAGAAGACUCCAUAAUGUGAACAACAGAGCUUCAUCUGAAAAGAAAAUAAUUAUCUGAUUUGAAUUAUGUAAUCCAUUGACGCCACAUCCUUUUCUGGAAUUUUCAUUACUACCUUUUUGAAGGGAAAAUGGGACAGUGUUUGAAACUCUGUUGAGAACGGAAAAUAGAAGAACUGGUUUGAGUGAUAUUCGGAAAAACUGACUUGAUGGUGUUUCUUAUUCUGAGAAGCUGGUGGACUCCUGAUGGUAUGUACGAACCCUGAGUGACUUUCCUUUCCCUUCUAAAGAAAAUGAUGAGACACUGUGAUAAUCCUGAAUAUUUGAUUGCAUUAAUGGGAUAGUUCACACAAAAAUGUGAUGGUAUGUUUGUUUUAUUUUUGUCCACCGAUACAAUCAAAUAUAUUUGGCUUUUAUUGUUUAAGUGUGGAAAAAA